CCCGGAUAUGUGACCUGCAUGCACACAAACAGAGCCGCCAUCUUGUUUACACCGUUUAAAUCCCUGCUAGCGACAGAGAAGAAGAAGCUAGCAGCAGCUAGCAGCUAGCCCGUUACCUCCUUCAUAACAGCGUUACAUCACUUUGGGUCGUGUCCCACCUGGGAAACCUGCGGCCUAGAGGAGAUAACGCUGAGUUAGUCACUGUGUGAGACGACACACUGAAGCUGACUAACAACCAGAGAGAGAUCUGCAGUGACUUUGCACAUUUAGUUUGUUUUUCUGCUGUGAAGAGGCGACUGGUUUCAUCUGUACCCUGAUUUUGAGCCAAAAGAAGAGUUAUGUCGUGUCCUUGCACCUCGGCUGCCAGGUUGUUCCUAAACACUGCACACAGAGGAUUGUCCUGCUACCGGAUCCAGUUGUUUUCUUUGAGUCGCCAGGGGUCUCGGGAAACUCAUUUACCUCCCCGGGUACGGGUGAGGUCGUUUUCAGAGACCGCUGUCUGCUAUGCCGCUAAAGAUGGGACAACAAAGGACAGUGGAAGUGAUGGUGGAAAGAAAAGCAUCAGUGAGGGGAAGAGACUCUCUGGCUCUGGAGGAUCAGGCAAGGGGGGAAGCCAGCUACGCUGCCCUAAAUGUGGUGAUCCCUGCACACAUGUAGAGACCUUUGUAUCAUCAACACGAUUUGUCAAAUGUGAGAAAUGCCAUCACUUCUUCGUGGUUCUGUCUGAAACGGACUCUAAGAAGGGGCUAAACAAAGAGCCAGAAUCUGCUGCGGAGGCAGUGAAACUGGCAUUUGCACAGAAACCUCCCCCUCCUCCUAAGAAGAUAUAUGCCUACCUCGACAAAUACGUUGUUGGCCAGUCCUAUGCAAAGAAGGUGUUAGCAGUUGCAGUGUACAAUCACUACAAGCGCAUCUACAACAACAUCCCUGCUACAAGUCGACAGCAGGUGGAGGUGGAAAAACAGCCCUCUCUAACACCUCGUGAGCUAGAGAUGAGAAGACGAGAGGAUGAGUACAGGUUCACAAAGCUGUUGCAGAUUGCGGGGAUCAGUCCUCAUGGAAAUGCUCUGGGGGCAUCCAUGCAGCAGCAGGCGAGCCAGCAGGCACCUCAGGAGAAGAGGGGCGGGGAGGUGCUGGACUCCACACACACUGACAUUAAACUGGAGAAGAGUAACAUCAUACUUCUUGGUCCAACUGGCUCAGGAAAAACAUUGUUGGCACAGACACUGGCACGUUGUCUGGAUGUUCCCUUUGCAAUAUGCGAUUGCACAACACUAACUCAAGCUGGAUACGUGGGAGAAGACAUCGAGUCAGUGAUUGCCAAACUGCUGCAGGAUGCCAACUAUUCAACGGAAAAAGCACAGCAAGGUAUUGUGUUCCUGGACGAGGUGGAUAAAAUCGGCAGUGUGCCCGGAAUCCAUCAGCUGAGAGAUGUAGGAGGAGAGGGAGUUCAGCAGGGGUUGCUUAAACUCUUGGAGGGCACAAUCGUCAAUGUUCCUGAGAAAAACUCCAGGAAACUGAGAGGAGAAACGGUGCAGGUAGAUACAACAAAUAUUCUGUUUGUUGCAUCCGGUGCAUUCAACGGACUCGACAGAAUCAUCAGCAGAAGAAAGAAUGAAAAGUAUUUGGGUUUUGGAACUCCCUCCAACAUGGGGAAAGGGCGCCGUGCAGCGGCCGCCGCAGACUUGGCUAAUACCAGCGGUGAUUCGGACACAGUGGCAGAGAUCGAGGAGAAGGACAGGCUGCUGAAGCACGUCGAGGCCAGGGACCUGAUUGAGUUUGGAAUGAUCCCAGAGUUUGUUGGCCGUCUCCCUGUGGUCGUUCCUCUGCACAGCCUGGAUGAAGAAACGCUAGUCCGAAUCUUGACUGAACCACGCAACGCCGUGGUGCCCCAGUACCAGGCUCUGUUCAGCAUGGACAAAUGUGAACUCAAUGUGACUCCGGAUGCCUUGAAUGCCAUAGCCAGGAUGGCUCUGGAGAGAAAGACUGGAGCUCGUGGGCUCAGAUCCAUCAUGGAAAAGCUCCUUCUAGAGCCCAUGUUUGAGGUGCCACACUCUGACAUCAUGGCUGUUGAGCUGAACAAAGACAUUGUCCAAGGAAAAUCAUUACCCAGAUAUAUCAGAGCUCCAGCCAAGGAGUCGGCAGAAGAGGAAUACGACUCAGGCGUCGAGGAGGAGAACUGGCCUCGGCAGGCGGACGCUGCUAACAACUGAACCACACGUCACUCGUUUCACCUAAAGACAGUCGAAUCAUUAGAUCACUAUGAACCUUUGGACACCAACUGUGGGUUUUACCUUAACCCCUGACAAACAAGCUGUGGACACACUGUAGUAGAGGUAAUGAAGGCUGGUGGUUUACACUGAACAGUGUUUUCAUGACGAACAAGUUAAGAGAGCGUAACAACCUUUUGGUCCUGUGCAUCAGAUGUUAAUUCUCUAGCGGUGCACUCGCAGGUUGGACCUUUAUAAAAUAUUUCAAUCUCUGGGGAUUGUUAACAUUUUUAUCUAUAUAAAGAUAAUGCAAUUUUAUUCACGAAAAAAAGGAUUUGUAGCUAGUUUAUUUGUUUUCUCUUUUUUUGGUGAUGGGCUGUAAUGGCAAGAGAAGCAAAAUGGAAAUUAUGGGAUCAUACUGUACACUUGAAAAGAAGUGGUGCUGAGAAAGUGUAGAUGUGAUGCAACCAUGUCAAGUUAUGCCUUAUAUCGUAAGGGCAGAAUAUUCCAUGAGCACAUCAAUAUUUUGAUGUUUUCUUCUUUACCACCAUUGUAAUAAUGGUGUUCACAGUAAAACUGGUACGCUGCUCAGGCAGCAUUUCUAAACAGUUUGUAUGACAUGACAUCUAAUUAGGAGAACACAUUGUGAAGUGUAAUGCACCAGCAUACUAAACAGAGCAGGUGAGAACUAAUGGUGACCUUUUAAACAGCCAGAAUGGUUAUUUUUCAGUGUUUUGCUUCCUCUUGUAGCCCACCGUUUAGGGAAUGUAUCUGUGUUUACUUACAGACCUCUUUAUCACAGGACUGGAUCAGACGGCUGUCUCUCAAAGCAGGAUUAGCAGUUAGCCAGGUAACUUUGAAGUGUUAAUCUCCAUGUUUUGUUUUUGUAGUAGAUAGAUACUGUAUACUCCAAGAUACAAUACAUUCAAAGCUUUAUUGUCCUGAUUCAAAUCAUAAUCAGAGAGAUAAUCUCCUUCACAGUUGGCUGGAUGCCGCUCUAAACCUGCUUUGUCAGACACCCCUCAGAACAGCGCAGGUAUUUUUUAUUUUCUUUGUGCGUACCCCCAGCGUUGGAAACUCACCUCACCGUUAGUGAUGUAGUAUCCUGUUACUAAAUGGUAUCUCAAUACACAUGUCUGUAAUCAAGCCUAAAUGCUCUCUGACUGAACAGAACCCACGCUGUUGUACUCUUUAAAAAAUGCUGUUUGUGCUUUAACAUGAGAUUAAACUAGAUCGGUUCUCCCUUUUGCUUUUAAGUUUCCUUUUCUUUCACUUUAAAAACUGCUAAAAAAGCUUUUUUGUUUUCAGAGGUCUGUUACAGAACCUGUAACCUCCCCCAGUUUGUGAAUCUUAAAUUUAUUGUGAUUGUCUAAAACAUAUAAAUAAAAUGUAAAUCUCUGUA